GCAGCCUCCGAGCACCACCAUUGCUGUCUCUAUGGUUAGAAGGCCGUGACUACAAGCUGCAACGAUGACAUCUGACCUUACCCCCCAAGUUUUAGAGAUCCUCUCCUCAACGGACGAGCCACAGUUGUCAAGUCAUGUCUUCCCAUCAGCCCCCGCGCAGAGCGUCAAGGCUGCCCUAGACCGUCUCGCGGCAAGGGAUAUGGUGCAGCAAGAGACGAUUGAAAGUGAAGAAGUGUGUCUACUACCUGAGGCUGAAGGUAUCGUCGCCAAUGGCAGUCACGAAGCAAGAGUCUUCGAGGCAGUCAGCGCUGCCAUGGAGGGGUUGAAGAUCAUUGACCUCCCCGACAUUGUUGGAAAGGAGAUUGCAAAAGUCGGAACUGGAAAUGCAUUCAAAAAGGGAUGGAUUAAAAAGGACAAAGAUACGUUGAGGGCAGCCACGGACUCGAUAGAGGACACCUCCCGUGAGCAGCUUCUCAUCAUCCAAAAGACAAAGACACACCCAGAUGCCAAAGUCCUUGCUGAGCUGCGAAAGCGGAAGCUUAUCAAUACCCAGAAAUUGUUCGUUUACAAGUUUUGGAAGGGCCCCAAGUACGCCAGAGAGUUUGUAAAGGAGGAGACAGAUCUCACCGUGGAAAUGCUGGCGGAUGGCUCGUGGAAGACAGCAAAGUUAAAAAAAUACAAUUUCAACGCCAAAGGAGCCAUCACUCCAAGUGGUGCCUUGCAUCCACUGAAUAAAGUCCGCCAUGAAUUCAGACAGAUUUUCUUCGAAAUGGGUUUCCAGGAAAUGCCCACCAACCGCUACGUUGAGUCUGGCUUCUGGAAUUUCGAUGCCCUUUUCGUACCCCAGCAACAUCCUGCACGAGAUCUACAAGAUACCUUCUAUAUCUCCGACCCUGUAAAGGCGGAUAAGCCGAGAGCAGACCCGGAAGGCGACAUCCACCUAUCAAGUUUAAACCUGACAAACCGCUUUGCUUCUUCAAAAGCUCCUCUCAAACCCAUAGACUAUGAGAAAUACUGGAACAAUGUCCAUGCAGCACAUGAGACUGGUUUCAAUGGUUCUAUCGGCUACCGUUAUCCCUGGAGUGCAGAUGAAUCAUUGCGUCUUGUCCUCCGAACUCACACCACCUCUGUCUCCGCUUACAUGCUUCAAAAGCUAGCACAAGACCCUCGUCCAGCUCGAUACUUUAGUAUCGACAAGGUCUUCCGCAAUGAAACGCUCGAUGCAACUCACCUUGCAGAAUUCCAGCAGAUCGAAGGUGUAAUUGCCGACUUUGGCCUCUCACUUGGCGGUCUGAUCGGCUUUAUGGAAGUUUUCUUUGCUAAGAUGGGUAUACAUGGCCUACGCUUCAAGCCUGCGUAUAACCCUUACACCGAACCCAGUUUGGAGAUUUUCGGCUACCACCCCGCGCUCAAGAAAUGGGUAGAAAUUGGAAAUAGCGGUAUGUUCAGGCCAGAGAUGCUGGAGCCAAUGGGCAUUCCAAGUGACAUGCAGGUUUACGGCUGGGGAUUGAGUUUGGAGCGGCCAACGAUGAUCAAAUACGGUGUGAACAACAUUCGAGACUUGGUAGGCCACAAAGUAAACCUGAACUUCGUUGAAUCGAAUCCUGCCGUGCGGUUAGAGAAGGACUGA